GUUGUCUCUCUCCGACCUCCACUCCCGACACAUCGACAGCUCUGUCAACCACUGUUAAUUUUCCUCUUUACCGUAGUAACCACCUCUUAAGCAGCAACCAUGACCCAGCUAGAGACAGCCAUGGCCAUCCUGAUGAAGACCUUUGAUAAGUAUGCUGCUGGCGACAGCAACAAGGACACCCUAAGCAAAGCCGAGGCCAAGACGCUGCUGGAGACGGAGCUGCCUGGACUGCUCAAGGCAGCGAAGAACCCAGGUGAGGUGGAGAAGCUGCUGAAGGGUCUGGAUUUUAAUGGCGACUCAGAGGUUGACUUCAGCGAAUUCGUGGUGUUGGUCGCUGCUCUCACCUGCGCCUGCCACAACCGCCCUACCAAGAAGUGAGCAGCGCGACCGCACCCUGGGACGGGGCCCAACGGCGGCAACAACGGCAAAAUCCCUGUAUAGUGACUUGUUUCUCUAACAACUGAAUAAAUGAAUUUAUUUACCUGUG